AUGAGGAAGUAUAAUCAGAGCAGUGUGUCUGAAUUCAUCCUCCUGGGGCUCCCCAUCAGGCCAGAGGAGCAAGGCAUGUUCUAUGCCCUGUUCCUGGCCAUGUACCUGACCACCGUGCUGGGGAACCUGCUCAUUAUCCUGUUUAUCAGGCUGGACUCUCACCUCCACACCCCCAUGUACUUCUUCCUCAGCCACUUGGCCUUCACUGACAUCUCUUUCUCAUCAGUCACAGCUCCAAAGAUGCUCAUGAAUAUGCUGACACACAGUAAAUCCAUAUCCUAUGCUGGGUGCAUUUCCCAGGUGUUCUUUUUCUUAAUGUUGGCAGAUAUUGACAGCUUCCUUCUCACCUCUAUGGCUUAUGACAGAUAUGUAGCUAUCUGUCACCCUCUCCACUACAACAGAAUCAUGAAUCCAACCCUCUGUUUUCUGCUAGUAAUUGGGUCCUGGGUUUUAUCUUCUGCAAAUGCACUUGUGCACACCCUCCUUCUAGCCCAUCUCUCUUUCUUUGUAGACAAUACUCUGCACCACUUCUUCUGUGACCUCUCUGCCUUACUUAAACUGUCUAGCUUGGACACUACUCUCAAUGAGUUGGUUAUUCUCAUUAUAGGAUCACUGGUCAUUACACUGCCAUUUAUAUGCAUUCUGGUCUCUUAUGGCCACAUUGGGGUCACCAUCCUAAAAAUUCCUUCAAUCAAGGGAAUCUUCAAAGCCUUGUCCACAUGUGGCUCUCACCUCUCUGUGGUUUGUCUGUACUAUGGAGCAAUUAUUGGGCUCUACUUUAUCCCCUCAUCCAAUGCCACUAAUGACAAGGAUGUCAUUUUGGCUGCAUUGUACAGUCUAGUCAUACCCAUGCUUAAUCCCUUCAUCUACAGUCUGAGGAAUCGGGAUAUGAAGGGAGCUCUGGGAAAUAUCCUCAGUAGGACAGUUUCUAUGUGA